AAAUUAAUGGGUUAAUGCAAAUGUACAACGGCUUGUUAUCAGAAAGAAGAAAUCACUUCUUUAAAGAUCUCAUCUCAUUCGAUACAAAUAUCUAUCAAAUAGAAUAAAAACUAUUAGGACAAGACUUUCGAUAAAAUUGAGCCUCCCAAUCAAAAAGAUUUAGAAUCUGGAAUACUCAAAAAUUCAAUCACUAGCAAGAUUUCAAUUUAAGAAUUAUCCAAAAAUUUGAUACAAACUUAAGCUAGAAUGCCAGAUUAAGUGAUAGAUUCUAUGCAAUCAUCAGAGAGAAAAACUCUACCUGUAAGCUGAAUAUUCUAAACGAGUUAUUGUAAUUGCCUAAUGGCACGAAAUACGAAGGGUAAUGGUUGAAUGGAAUGAGGGAUGGAUUUGGAAAAUAGAUAUGGCCAGAUGGAUCAAUAUAUGAAGGGGAAUGGAAACAAGAUAAAUCUAAUGGGCAUGUAUCCAAUCAAGAAAUUACUAUAGGGUAGAUUGAUACAUUUUGAUGGUGAUCUCUAUGAUGGUGAAUGGAUAGAUGAUACAGCAUGUGGAAAAGGAAUCUAUAUUCACAUAAAUGGAGCUAAAUAUGAAGGUGAUUGGCUUAAUGAUAAUCAACAUGGCAAUGGAUUUGAAGCAUGGCCAGAUGGGGCUAGAUAUCAAGGAGAAUAUAAAUUUGGGAAAAAAAAUGGAAAAGGUAUCCUAACAUUUACUGAUGGUGCUAAUUAUGAAGGUGAAUUUAUUUGUAUGAUAUUUUAGGAAAUUUUGUAGAUAAUGAAAUUUCAGGAUAUGGAAUUUAUAAAUGGGAAGAUGGACGAAUUUAUACAGGAUAAUGGCAAGAUAAUAAAAUGCAUGGAGAAGGAACUCUAAGAUGGCCAGAUGGAAGGUGUUUCAAAGGAGUAAUGCUAACCAUAAUUAUCUAUUCUAGAGUUAUGAAAAUGACAAAAAGUAAGGUAAUGGAAUAUUUUAUUUUGGGGAUGGUAGAAAAUAUAUUGGGACUUGGAAUGAUGGCAAAUAGAAUGGUUUAGGAAUAUAUUAUUAGGAUGAGAGACAUUAUAAAAUUGGAGUAUGGUAAGAUGGGUAAAGAUAACAAUGGCUAAAUGAUCAGGAAAUAGAAGCUGUCAAAGAUUCAAUCUCUAAUUUAUAAAGAUUAUGA